AUAACCAGCAAGACAACUCAUUGGAUCGAUUACAUUUCAGUUCGUGGUUAUAAGGAUUGCAAAAUAAUGAAAUUUUCCCCGUUUUUGUUAUGCUGUAUAUUUUUUGUGACUGCAAAUUGUUCUAAUGUAUGUACACUUUUUGAUAAACAUAACUUCAUCAAUGACCAGAGCAACGUCAAUUUAAUAAAUGAAGCGUUAGAGCCAUGGAAGUCCAUUUUACCAGUUUACAACAAUAUCACCAUACCUAAAUAUGGAGAACUUAUUGAACAGUUCCAGAGAGGAAAGGCCAAUGCUGACGUUUAUCUGAACUUCACUCAACUGGUGACAAAGUAUGGAUACCCGGUAGAGCAGCAUGAAGUAGUGACAGAAGACGAGUACAUUCUGACCGUGUUUAGGAUUCCAAAGCCAUGCGCUCCCGUUGUGAUCCUAGUUCACGGCCUGGCCUGCAGCUCUGAUGACUGGAUAACUGGCGGCCUCGAAGUAAGUCUCGCCUACUCACUCGCGGACGCCGGCUACGACGUUUGGCUCAGCAAUACGAGAGGAAACAAGCACGCUAGGAAACAUCGGACAUUGUCUCCCGACUGCGUUGAGUUCUGGCAAUUCGGUUACGAUGAGAUUGGUCUUUAUGAUCUUCCAGCUACGAUUGAUUACAUACUAAAGCAUACAGGGCAAUAUAAACUUUCUUAUAUUGGCCAUUCGCAGGGCACGACUGCCUUUUAUGUCAUGGCUUCAGAUAAACCUGAAUACAAUGAGAAGAUAUCGAUUAUGGUAUCUCUUUCUGCGGUAGUAUUUACGGGUCAUGUGAGAAGUCCUUUUAUGCAAUUUAUUUCUCCAUUCUCUGAUGAUGUAGCAGUAUUGGCAAACUUAGUUGGAGUAGGCGAAUUUAAUCCAAGAGACGAAUUAAUAAAUAUAGUUACUUCUACUUUUUGUGGGUCACCAAAGAUUGCUGAAAUAAUUUGUGAAAAUCUUAUAUUUUUGGGAUAUGGUUUUGAUUACGCACAAAUUAAUAUAACUAAUUUGCCAGUAAUUUACGGUCACUAUCCCGCUGGUGCAUCAGUAAGGCAAAUAGUGCAAUAUGGACAAUCAACAAUAUCAGGGAAUUUUGCAAAGUAUGAUCACGGUCCCUUCGAAAACAUGAUUAGGUAUGGUACACCUAAACCUCCAGAGUAUGCCCUAGAGAAAGUUAGUUGCCCUAUAGCUAUAUUCUACAGUAAUAAUGACUGGCUGAACAGCGCCCCUGACAUUUUUAAAUUACUAAACAAACUGCCAAAUGUAAUAGAAUUUUACCACGUCCCGUGUGCGUCUUACCAACAUUUUGAUUUUUUGUAUGCUAAAGAUGGUGGUAUUUUGGUUAACAGUGAAGUGCUAGUUUUAUUACAAAAAUAUGCUGAAAAUUCUCGUGAUAAUGAUGAUAUAUGCUAAUUCACUUCAGUCACGUAAUGAUACGAUUACGACCUCAGUGUAACGUGGAAUUUGGUAUUUAUUUAUGCAACUAACAAUAAACGAUUGUUGGAGCCUCUUAAA